CUGGCUCCUUUGUGGCAAAACGUCACAGUGAUUUGCACAUUUGCCGCUUUUUGCGACAAACAAUCUGGACCGAUUAGCGGUGUUGUCAUUGGCCUGGUGCCAUCUGGCCCGGCUAUUUUUAGGCGGUGGCGACGACUGACGGCAAUUAGCCUCACUACUUCCGCCCAACUGGCCUCAUUGGAGUUUUCGGCCGGGAAAAAUGUGAAAAACGCCACUUUCCGGGUGGGUUUUCACCGAUCUGCCACAGGCGUUUGACUGUGUUGGCCCUAUUCGGAAAAAAAUGCGAUUGUUUGCAAGGAGCGCGCUAUUUUUGGCCAUCCAGUGCGCACUUGAUCGGGUAAACACCAAUGGAAUGGUGGAUUGUUUAUUGUUUGUGCCAGUGGCGGCUCGUAGGGGGUUUUCUAUGAUUUUCUAUGACUGGACGGCAGCCCACCUGAUCUGGCCUGAAAUCACCGCACGGGAAUAAAUGGAAAUGGUAUUUUCGGGAAAAUCGAAAGAAAAUAAUCGCCCACGCGGAUUUUGAGCACGAGGCUGCUGGCCAGUGGCGUGCGAGUGCGGCGGACAAACAAAGCCGGGCGCCUAAAAUUAGAUGAUGAGGACAACAACAUGUGCUGGCCCCCCCUACUGGGUGAGCGCCUACGGCACUGGCGGUCUGAUUGUGCGAUAUUUUCGCUCAUUCUCGAAAAACUAGAACGAACGAACCGAUUUCAAAGACGCGGCGUCUAAAUUAAGAGUCUUUCAAACGCGCGGACCUUCAGUUUAGGUGCCAAAGCGAACCACGAACACUCGAAAAGUUGCUUUUUUCGUGUCUUUUUGUGAUGAAGUGUCGCCCAAUUGGAGUUGAUUUGCUUUGUACUGAACUGGAAAACAGUCGCUUAUAAGCCGCCAGCAGGAUGGAACAAUUCGAGCAGCUGCUCACCUGCGCCAUCUGCCUGGACCGCUACCGCAACCCCAAGCUGCUCCCCUGCCAGCACAGCUUCUGCAUGGAGCCCUGCCUGGAGGGCCUGGUGGACUACGUGCGGCGCCAGGUCAAGUGCCCCGAGUGCCGCGCGGAGCACCGCAUCCCCUACCAGGGCAUCCAGGGCUUCCCCACCAACGUGACGCUGCAGCGCUUCCUCGAGCUGCACAUCGAGAUCACCGGGGAGCUUCCGGACCCCACCAGCGGCCAAGUGAUGGAGCGCUGCAACGUCUGCUCGGAGAAGGCCUACUGCAGCUUCUGCCACCACUGCGACAAGAAGGUGUGCGAGGAGUGCAAGGGCGCCCACAUGGAGAUCCUGCGCAGGGAGAUCGCGCGCAUCAACAACCAGGUGCGCAGAGGCAUCCACCGGCUGCAGGACAGCCUCCACCUGGUGGAGAAGAACACGCAGCACAUCCAGACCAACUGUCUGUCGGUCAGCGAGGAGAUCGAGGAGAUCUACCGGCGCCUCAACAAGGCGCUGAAGGACCGCACGGAGCACCUGCGCGGCGAGAUCGAGCGCUACCUCAGCACGGAGCUGCGCAGCCUCACCGGCCUCAAGGAGAACCUGGGCCAGGAGAUCGCCAACAUCCUCAGCAACUGCGACCUGGCCGACAAGCACAUGAGCGAGAGCGCGGACAUCUGGGACGACUGCGAGCUGAUGGACACCAAGGAGAUCUUCCUGAAGACCAUCGAGUUCAUCCGCAACUUCGAGUACGAGAACGCCGACUACUCGCGCAGGCUGCGCCUGGUGCUGGCGCACGACCCCAACCAGCUGGUGCUGCACGUGGCGGGCUACGGCGACCUCAGCGUGGCCAACCCCAACAGCCCCUUCGCGCAGGGCGGCGCGGGGCUGCUGCAGCCCCCGGGGCCCGGCCUCAUGCGCUCCAAGAGCGACCACCGCCUGGCCUUCCGGCAGCCCGAGCACGAGCGCUACGGCGAGGCGGAGGCGGAGCCCCCACUGAGCGGGCGCAAGUUCGGCGAGCGGCCGGCGAAGGCGCACAGCUACGGGAGAGGCGCGGGAGAGUAUGGGGGAGAGGAGCACGAGCACGAGGGCCCGCGCGCCGCCCGCUCCAAGUACAGCAGCCGGUUCAGGAGGCGCAACACGGAGGAGGAGUCGGACGCGGAGGGCCGCGGGGUGCGGUUCCACGAGCAGAAGAGGGAGGAGCGGGAGCGGCCGCUGGACACGGAGGACGUGACCCGGGGGCCGCUGAGCGGGAUCACGCGGCUGGCGGACUCGCCCAGGGUGAUGAAGAAGCUGCAAGAGAACCCGACGGGCAAGAAGGAGAAAAAGGAGAAAAAGGCGGCGCCCGAGCCGGCGGCGGCCAAGCGGGCGCCGCCGCCCGCGGCGCGCCAAGCGAGCGAGGAGGACGAGAUCGCAAAGAUUAAGCGCCAGAACAAGGGGGCGACCACCUCCGCGGACGUGGAGGCGCCGCCCGCCGAAGACCGACAGCGGAAGACGCCCGCCCCCGAG